AUGGUCCCCUGCGCUCGCGACCGAGCGCAGCCGGAUCGCGUGGAGGCGGCCGGGCAGCGUGUCCGGGACGCGACUGCGUUGUCGCGGCGCUGCGCCUUGGCCUUGGUGCACACCUUCGCCGCGCUGCUCUCUCUCCCCCUGGUGUCGCCGCUCGAGGCCGUCGCGGCGCUCGUGCAGUUCGGGCAAGGACAGACGUUGAGCAACUCGUACGUCCUUAUCCGGGCCGCGGAGUCGGAGGCGGAGAGCGAGGGCGUGACGAUGACGUCUCCGGCGCAGAAGAACUCGACGCUGCUUGGCAUCUCCCCACAGGGGCGGCUGCAGCUACGGGAGCGCACUCUGCCGGCGCUGGGGGACCUCGGCGUGUGCGAGGACGGCGAGUGCUGGAUCUGGCCGUCGAUCACGCAGAACAGCUACCAAACGGCCGAGGUCGUGGCGCGGCGUCUCAACACAGGCCGCUCCGCCAUCGUUCCGGAGUACUCCUUCCUCGACGCGCGCGGCGUCGGCGCGUACGAGAACACGCCCGUCAAGGAGAGCAAGGCAGCCAUCGCGGCGCUCGACAAGUCGUCCGCACGGCUGAAGCCGCCCCCCGGCACGGACGGUACGCCGAACGAGUCCGCGGAGGACGUCCUGGUUCGCCUGCGCCAGGUCCUGUCGAUCACGGAGACGCAGUACGGCGGAGCGACGGUGAUUUUGAUCGCGCCAGACUCGGACGUGCUGUCGAUUCUGCAGUCCGCGGUCCUCGGCAUCGACCUGCGCGCGCACGGCACGUUCGCGAUGGCGCCGGGGGAGGUGCGGGUGCUGCGGCAGCGGGGCGCGCCGUUCGCGGACGCCGGCGUGGACGUGGGCGGCGAGGUGCGCGAGGAGAGCGCGUCCACGACGAUACGGUGCGCGAGGCCGCCAGCCUGCCUCGAAUGA